AUCCACGGUCGUCAGAAGCUAAGACCGCUGCGUUAGCAGAAUUUACAUGUCAGAUCGAAACAGAAGGGGUAUAGACUGGAAGCGAUUAAGCGGGGUGGGGGAAGAGGGUUACGGAACUGAAGAGAGGGGGGAUGUUAUCUUGAAACAAGCGGACAAAAUGAAAAAAUAGAACAUACAACCUCCCGGCGCCAGAUGAUGUGAUUUGCACCGUAUUGUUCCUCAAUUUCAUAAACUGCAGCAGUAUUUCCUUCAAGGAGAGCACGAGGUAGUCGAUACAAGGGGUUAGUCGUAUUGUAAAAACUGACCUGGUUCCCCGCUGAGAUGUAAGUCGGUAGCUACAAACAGGUGUACACCAAUCCGGAGUGAUGAACAGGACAACUGAAACGCAAGACUGUAUUGCCAAUGGGAUCUAUCUGGGUUAUUCGCCUGGACUGAGGAUUGACAAUUUUUUCCUUCGCCCUCCCCUGGCCGGUGUGUGUAGAUAAUGGAGAGUUCUCAUGGCUCCACCAGUGAAACCAAGCAGCAAAACCACCAGUUGGAAAAGAAACGACUGAACAGAGCGCCUUCACCCGCGAGACCUUUCAUUAAGGAUAUUCAUUCCAGGUCUUCCAAACCGCCGGCAAUCGCUCCAAAAUCCCCCAAACUGACAAGCAAGCAGCAGCCGUCCGUAGGGCUCUUAGCCACUCAAAGCCGCCUCUCCAGACGCGCCGCUCCUGCAGCAAAAGACAAGACAGCCCCGUUAAAAAGUACCACUAAGCCUACGGUAACUAAAAAGGGAGUUAAGCUCACCCAACAUGGUACUUCAGAACAGAAAGUCAUCAGCAAGCAGGGCGAUUCUAGCCAAAAUAUUACUAAAGGUAAAAAGGUUAAAAUCUCCCAUCUAGUUCAUGGUUCGUUCGGCCAUGGCUCCCCAGUCCGUGUUCCAACGGGAGGCAGCCUCGGAAGGAUCAGUCACACUGACAGCAGUUCGGAUUUGUCAGACUGCCCCUCCGAGCCGCUGUCCGACGAGCAAAGGCUCGCUCAGGCGGCAAGCAGUGAUGCCGAAUCCGGCUCGGGCUCCGGUUCCAGCGACCGAGACCAGCAGGCGGUGGAUAAUCCAUUGCCGGGAGCCUCAUCUUCAGAGACGCCGGAAGGUGCUCACGUCUCGCCGCGUACAGGGGAACUGUGCACGGCAUCAUCCGGUGUGGCGAAGGAGCGAUUGUCCCACGGGCUGCCUUUGCAAAAAAAGUGCAUCACGGUGGAACUGACAGACAGAUUAAAACUCGGUCUUAAAUCAGAAAAUCAAAAGGCGCCGUUACAGUACACACCAGAAAGCAGCAAGGAGUUAAUUGAAGAGGAUUUGCUAAGGGAAAUUGAAGAUCUCCGUUCAGAAAAUGACUAUCUCAAGGAUGAGGUGGAUGAGUUGCGGGCGGAGAUGGAGGAGGUGCGGGACAGCUACCUGGAGGAGGAGGUGUACCAGGUGCAGGAGCUGCGGCGGGAGCUGGACAGAGCCAAUAAGAACUGCCGAAUACUGCAGUACCGGCUGCGCAAGGCGGAGCAGAGGAGCCUCCGCGUGGCCCAAACCGGACGGGUGGACGGGGAACUGCUGCGGAACCUGGAGCAGGACCUGAAGGUGGCCAAGGACGUGUCGGUGCGUCUGCACAAUGAGCUGGACAGCGUGGAGGACAAGCGCUCGCGAGCGGAGGAUGAGAAUGAGCUGCUGCGGCAGAAGAUCAUCGAGGUGGAGGUCUCCAAACAGGCCCUGCACAACGAGCUGGAGCGGGUCAGAGAGGGCACGCUGCGCAGACGGGCCAGCCGGGAGAUGUUCAAAGAGAAGAAGUCUGCGGCCCAGGAGGACAGCGCCGACCUCAGGUGCCAGCUGCAGUUUGCUAAGGAGGAGUCUGCGCUGAUGCGUAAGAAGAUGGCCAAGCUGGGCCGGGAGAAGGACGAGCUGGAGCAGGAGCUGCAGAAGUACAGGUCCGUGUACGGGGACGUGGACAGCCCGCUGGCGCCCGCCGAAUGCGGCGGCGGCCCCCACACCACCCGGGAGGCGGAGCUUAAGCUGCGCCUGAAGCUGGUGGAGGAGGAGGCCAACAUCCUGGGGAGGAAGAUGGUGGAGCUGGAGGUGGAGAACCGGGGCCUGCGGGCGGAGAACGAGGACCUCCGCUGCCACUACGAGGAGAUCUGCCUGGGGAGGGAGCCGCUGUCCUGCCCCCCCGCCUCCCCCUACGGCGAUGCGCUGGAGUCGGGGGCGGAGCUGCGGCGCCACCUGCAGUUUGUGGAGGAGGAGGCGGAGCUUCUGCGGAGAUCCAUCUCGGAGAUCGAGGACCACAACAAGGAGCUGACCUCCGAGCUCAACCGCUUCAAGUUCGGGGUGCGGCCAGAGGACGACGGGGCCCCCAGGCCUGUGGGGGGCAAUGGGGCGGGCAAUGGGGGGGCCUGCGGUGCCAGCGUGGGGGGGCUCCCCCUGCAGGAGGAGCUGAAAGCCGCCCGUCUCCAGAUCAACGACCUGAGCGGGAAGGUGUUGAAGCUGCAGUAUGAGAACCGGGUGCUGAUCUCCAACGUGCAGCGGUGCGACCUGGCCUCUCAGCUGGGCCCGCGCGCGGCCAGCCCCCGCGACAGGGACAGCGACGCCGAGAGCGACAAGCGGGAGAGCGAGGACGAGGCUCCGCCGCCCCCCCAGCCCAAGAGGGAGGGGCCCGUGGGCGGGGAGAGUGACUCGGAGGACCUCCUGGAGAGGACGUCCGGGUUCAGCAGCGGGAAGCCCUCGGAGCUCAGCCGCCUCAGUCCCAUGGAGCCGCCCCAGCGCCGCAGAGACGACGGCGAGACCUUCGCCAAUGUGCGGCGGGAGGCGGAGCGCCUGGGCCGGACCGUGGACCGCCUCAUCACCGACACCGACGGCCUCGUCCACGACGGCAGGCUGCUGGCGACCGCCGGGGAGCCGCCGGGGGCCGACUCGCGAGGCGACGGGGGCUCGGCGGACGGCAGGUCCGAGCCCCGGGUCUUCGACGCCAUCAACACCCGCAUGAGGGCGUUCAGGACGGAGCUGCACAUCUUCAUGGAGAAGGUGGAGCACCUGGGGGACGGGCUGCGGGACCGUGGCGAUGACCUCUCGCCCAUGCCACACCUCACCGAAUCCAGCAGCUUCCUCUCCGGAGUCACCUCCAUGUCCCGCGACUCGCCCAUCGGAACUCUGGGGAGGGACGGUGUCACCGACUUCCAGGUGUGGACACAGCUUCGGGACACACCCGUAUCUGAGGCCAGCACCCCAGCACGGGAGGUCCAGGCCCGGCUGGAACAGGAGAGGAGGUGCAGACAGGAGGAGCAGGAGGUCUACCCUGGCCUCAUUGUGCAGCAGCAGGAGGAGGAGCGGAGGGAUGGAGAUUUGGGGCGGAGCCUCGACCAAGCCUGGACCCAGGAAAGGCCGAUGCUUCAGCAGGAGCUCCGCCUCCUCCGGCACAGCACGGUCGUGUUCUACGUGAAGCUCCGGUCGCUCCUGGCGCACUGGCGCUUGGGCCGCCGGGCGGAUGCAGCCGUGGAGGGCGCCCUCCCUGAGUGUGAGACUCUGGAGAACCCCGAGCUGGGUCUUGUGGCAGAGCAGGCGGAGGGAGGGGUGGAGAGAGGGGCAGAGAGAGGGGAGCAGCCCUGCCUCCAACAUGGUGUAGGCGACGCCUCCUCACCAGGAUACCCUACACAUGCCCUUGAAGUGCUCCCACCUCAGACCCAAGUGAGUGACAGCCGGCGGGUUCUGCAUGCACUGCGGGGGCUGCUGGAGGAGCUGCGCUCGGAGCUGAGGGAGGAGGAGCAUCGGCGCUGCCAUCUGCAGCGGACCUACGCCAGCGAGAGGGCAGCAUUUGAGCUGCAGCUGGCCGAGCUGAAGAGCCGUGCUGAUCAGCUGAAGGAGGCCAGAGGGGAGGAGGUGCCGGGAGAAGAUCUGGAGCUCGCCGACCUCACUGGGGCUUUCCAACGGGAGAGAGAGGAGCACCAGAGGCUCCUGGCAGAGAGCCACAGCACCGCCCUGGACCUGCGCUGGAAACUGCAGCACGGGGAGAAGAGAUGGAGUCGGGAAAGGGCGGAGCUUCUGGAGCGCUUCGAUCGCGAGAGGCAGGACUGGGAUUGGCAUCUCAGGGAGCUACACCGCAAGAUGGAGAGGCUUCAGAGGGAGUUGAACACCAGGCGGGGUGAGGGGUCCCCUGAGGUGAAGGAUGGGGGUCACCGGGCGUUCUCCCCUCAGGACAGCCCCCGCACCCCCAGAUCUCCCAGAUCUCCCUGCAUUGCGGCCCCCGCCCCCCUCUCCGCCCGUUCCCAUUCGGACUCGGAUGCACCCCUGGAGGGCCGGCCAGCCAUGGUCAGGGUUAAAGGGGCAGAGAGCUCCCGCCCAGAGGAGAGCCUGUUCCUGGACGCCCUGUCACUGGACCCCCUCAGCGAGAGUGAGGUGCCACCCCUAUCCCGGGUCGAGAAGGACAAAAGAUUCCCGGGUUUGAAAGAGGUGCUGAACGAGAAAUCGGACCGGAAGAGCCCGAUAGCGUACCACGAGGAAGAGAUGACCAGCGGGAACCUCCUCAGGGCCAAGUCCGUGUGCUCCAUGAGUGAAUUCCAACGUCUGAUGGACAGCUCACCGUUCCUCCCUGACAGAACCACACACGGAGACGAUGGAAGGCGGGACGAGGUGACCCCACCCUUGUCGCCGGAUGACCUGAAGUACAUCGAGGAGUUCAACAGCAAAGGGUGGGACUUCCAGAGUGGCCAGAGCCUGGGGUCUGCGGCGGAGGCCUGGCCAGAGGUGCACAGACCAGAGCAGGCUGCAGACGCGUUCCAGCCGGCUUCCUGGUACCUUACCACCAGCGCUACCCUGACCACCAACACUAUGAGCAGCCCCGAGCCCUGCCAGAGACCGACCUCGCGGAAUGGCGGGGGUGCCGAUCGCUAUGCAGUCCGCGUCCUCCAUAGUCCCCCCCACAGCCUCAAGCUGGACCCCCCGUCCCUCCCCGCUGGGGCGGAGAGGCCUGGGGCCGAAACCGAGUUCAUGUUCUCCAUGACCAAAGCCAAAGGGGGUGACACCGUGGGAGGUGCGGACGAUGUGUUUGGGAGGUGGCCGUGCGACCUCUUGGAAGCGGGGCUGCGCCCCAUCGACCGCCCUGUCUGCUCCGCCGUGGGCUUCGCCUCCUCCCUGGAGCUGGAGCUGUCCAGGAACCUGAGUGACGACAUGAAGGAAGUGGCCUUUUCUGUGAGGAACGCCAUCCGCUCCAGUCCCGUCGACCGCCAGCUGAGGGACUCCGCCAGCCAGACCAACACUUUCACCACCAGGGGCACCCAAACCACCCAGACCAUCAGCGUGGGGCUCCAGACGGAGGCUCUGAGGAACAUCACCAGCAGCCCCCACAGGUGCCUGACCCCCAAGGGGGGGUCCACCCCGAUUUCCUCACCAUCCCGUAGCCUAAGAAAGAUGCAGUACUCCCCUGUCAUCCAGACCAAGUUUGAGCGCCCCUGCUGCUCGCCCAAAUACGGUUCCCCUAAGCUUCAGCGGAAACCCCCCACCCCGGCCAAAGUGGACCAAUCAAAUAGCCGGGCCCCCACCCCAACCACGCCCCAGAAGGGCUACAGCGAGUCGGCCUGGGCCCGCUCCACCACCACCAGGGACAGCCCAGUCCACACCACCAUCAACGACGGGCUCUCCAGCCUCUUCAACAUCAUUGACCACUCACCUGUCGUCUACGACGCCUUACAGAAGUUCACCAAGUCCCCCAGCCGGUCCCGGCCCGCUGAGGCCAGUUCCGCUGAGCCCAGGUCCACGGGCUUCGGCGUGGUUCAGGAGUUCCUCAAGAACGUGAGGGGCAGGUCCCCCAGCCCCGUCCAGCUGAUUGUAGAGACCCAGGGGGACAAGAACGCAGAGGUCAUCAGCAUAAGGCAGGACCUCUCCGCCCCUCCGGGGUACACCCUCGCCGAGAACGCGGCCAGGAUCCUGAAUAAGAGGCUGAUGGAGCAGGACGCUGAGGAGGAGAGGAGAACCCCCUCAGGCAGUCAGACCGGCCAGGCCAAGGAGGGGAGGCCCAGUGAGGGGGAGAAGGGAGCCAUGGAGGAACUACCACGCUCUCCUGUAGCUCCGCCCCUGGACUCCUGCUUUUUGAGACCCGCCCGUCCAGCCAAUCAGCGACCGCCUUCUCGCUGGGCGGCCCGCUCCCCUUCCUCCUCUCCGCACUGGUCCCAGAAGCCCGAGAGGAAGUUCCACUUCCCACCGAUGGAGCCCAGUCAGGUGCUGCCGGAGGCCGAAGAGCCUGGUCAAGGACAGUAGCCAAGCUCUGCAGAACAUCCCCCCUUUACACCCACCAAAACCAACUUCCCUUACCAGUGCCACAGACGACACCUCCCAUGCAAACAAGGACUGAAACCAAGGAAACCAGCCUGACAGAAACUAUCCUGGGAGAAACCAGAAGUGGACGCCACAGAAACACAGAUCUGGAAUGUGUUCAAAUGAUAAACAAAUCUGUUAAAGGUGCCUGCGUAAACUUCUUGAGUUUUUGAUUGUACAUAUAUAUACAGUAUAUACAUAUAUACAUAGUAUAUAUAUAUAUUUAUUUAUUAUAUAUAUAUAUAUUUUAGUCUCCAUCUUAUUUUUUGUGGAUUAAUCAGAUGUGUUUAUCAGGUGCAAAGGAAGGCUAUGGUUUGGUAGCCUCUUAUUUCAGCUGCCUCAUUGUCAGGACUGCUUCACCUGGAAGUUUCCUGUUUUUGGCACAUUUAACAUGUUUUUCCCCUUCCGGUGUAAACAUUUAUGUCCAGUUUUCUUUUAAGCGUCCCCGGACUUCCUGCAGUGAAGCUUGAACUAAAAGAAAGCCCAAUUGUGAUUGUAGGAAAUAUGAAAAUGUUUUCUUUUUUAAACCUGCUUAAUGUUGAACAAGGUAAGAGAAAGCAUGAUGUCAACAAAGGUGGACAUUUUUGCUUUAAUGAAUGAAUGUUUUGCUCUGUAAUGGAUGCACUACAGUGGUUACACAGCCAAUUAAAAUGACAGGAAAUGGCCACAGAUUGUCAGGCAGUUGUGCACAUCAGUGUAAUAUUUGAUCAGCAUGCCUCUUGAAUACUAGCACUUUAGUGCAUGUAUGUAUACAAGCUAACGUGUGUCACCAUCACCCAUAGUGUGAGCCACAGAACACCAAUUUAAAAACUUUGUGAGGGUAUUCUUGUACUGUAGUUUUGUUGUAACCUAAUUUGCAUCAGUUUAAUUCCAAACGAUUUUUAAAGUAAAUGAUUGUACCUAAAAAAUGUAUUUGUACAGCUGUUAUGAACAGACCAAAUUUUGUUUUGUUUAUGUUUUCUUUUAGAAGAGCAAACACUGAUUGUAAAAAUAAAAUGAGUGUUGUCAUUGGAAUGUCAGUGUAAGACCUGGUAUUAAAUGAAUGUAUGUUUACA